GGAUUUUUUUGUGUUUCGGAUGGGAUUUUUUGAUUUGUUUUUUUUUUUGAAAUUGUUUUGUUUUGGUUUUGGUUUUGGUUUGUUUUGUUGUAAUUAUAACAGGAAUUAUGAAUUUAUAUUCGAAAUCAAAGAAUAAGAUAACCAUGGUCAGGCCAUCAAAAUUUUCAUCUGUUCAUCAUUAUGAUCAUCCAUUAUCCUCUGUUAUGCAAUUUGAUUCGGAAAUUGAUUCAUCAUCUAGCCAAAAUGAUAAAAAACCAAAUGGAAAGACCAAUUCUAUUGAUGUAACAACUACAUGGAAUGGUUUGGAUCCAUUAUCGGUUGCCUUGUCUUCUUCUUCGGCCGAAAAUCAAAUUGUUAACGAUGGUGAUGAUGGAAAUAUUUCGAAAACAUUUGGCAAAACAAAAAUGGUCUAUAUUGGCAAUGAUUUUAAUCAUUGGCAAUCAUUUCGAAUGAAAAUUCUUAAUAAAUUUAAUACAGUGGAAAAAUUAACAAUUCGUUCAUCGUUUCAAUUUGAUAAAGGAACAUUAUCAACACCGAAUGUAUCGCAAAAAGUUCGUACACGUUUAGAACAAUUGGAUGAACUGGAAGAAGGUUCAAUCAAUGAAAUGCAUGAUCUAAGUCAACAAGAAUAUAUUAAACGUAUUGAUGAAAUGAAUUUGGCCAUUAAAAAUGCCUGGGAUAGUGAUCAACGAGUGAAAGCAUUAAAAAUUGCCAUACAAUGUUCAAAACAAUUAUCAACAAUAAAUGCUAUACAUUUUUAUCCAAGUAAAUUCGUACUGAUUACCGAUAUUCUGGAUAAUUUUGGUGAAUUGGUUUUGGAUCGUAUUGAAAAAAAGAAAAAAAUUCCAAAUAGCCAAACAGAUGAUUCCAAAGAAACAUGUUUAAAUUGGUUUUAUAAAAUAUCAAGUAUACGUGAAUUAUUACCACGUUUUUAUAUUGAAUGUUCAGUGUUGCAAAUUUAUAGAUUUUUAUUUCAAUCACCGUCAUCAACGGAAAAUCAUCAGCAUCGUGAAGAAUAUGAAAGAAUUUUAUUACGUUUAACUCGGAUGACACGCGGUAUUGGUGAUCCAUUAAUAGCAAUUUAUUGUCGUGUUUAUCUUUGUCGUGUUGCCAUCAAAUUAUUGCCUGAAUCAAAGAAAAUUUUCCUUCAAAAUAUUUACGAUAUUAUUGAUAAUGUUGAUCAAUUGACAUGUUCGUAUGUACGAAAUUGUCUGACGACACAAAACAUUGGUUAUCCACUUUAUUAUAGUUUAUUUAAUCCGGCUAUGAAUUGGAUUUUUAAUUGUUUAUUUUAUAAAGGUGUUAAUUAUGAUAAUGUUUUAAAAUAUUUUUGUAACAAAAUUGAAUUCUUCAAGAAUACAAGCUGUUCGGCUUUUGUACUCAGUUCAAUGAUAACAAGUUUUCCAACCGAAUUUAUUGGACAGAAUCUUUCAAAUCUAGUCACAUUGAUUAAGAAUAUUUACCACCAUCAUAGUCAGAUUGAAGAUCAACGUGAUUUAAAAGAUUGUGCAUAUCCAAAAUAUCUUCUAAUCAAAUGUAUCGGUGAAUCAUUAGUUCGUGAAGAUGAUUUUAUGGAAAAAUAUUCGAUUGAUGAAAAUUUAUUAUUCAUUGAUCUUUGGUCAUUAUCCAGUCAAAAUAACGUUGAACAGCAAUCAAGACAGGAAUUUUUAUGCUGUUUAGAAACAUGUUGGUCAGAAAUUAUUGCCAAAUAUUGUUCGGUUGAUUUUAUAAACAAACUAUUGGGCGAUAUUAUUAAAAAUGUUAAUAAUCAUGAACCAUAUGAUAAUUUACAACAAUUAUUACAAAUAUUACAAAAAAUCAUCAUUAAUGGUAGUAAACGAAUAUCGUGUGAACAAUUUUUCUCAAUGAAUAAUCUGCUACCGUAUUUGGAUUUAUUUCAUAAAGAAUCGAUAAAAAUUGAUGCUUGUAAAUUGAUUGUUACAUAUUAUAAUCAAAAUUGUUCAAUAAUCAAUGAUGAUGAUGAUGAUUGUUUGAUGGUGGUGAAUGAUCAACCUGAUCCAGUUAUUCUGAAUGCAAUGCAAUAUCUUUGUAAAUUAAUUCAUGAUUCAAUUGAUUCAUUAACAUUAGAAGAUGAUAAACGUCAAAUAUCAACAUUAAUCAUAGGAUUUAUUCGUCGUAUUUCCUGUAAACAACAACAAGAUCUUGAAGCAAGAUUAAAUUUUUAUAUUGAAUCACGGGCGAAUUUUUCAAAUCUAGAUCCAGUGUUGAAUUUUAUUGUUCAACAGGUGAAUACAUUAGCAAUGGAUGCACAUUGUUUGGUGAAUGGUCGUCAUACGAAAAAAACCCUUUCAUUUGUUAAUGCUUGUAUGGCAUUUUCCUAUAUAACCAUACCAUCAAUGUAUGAUAUUUAUUCACGUCUGCAACUUUAUCUAUCAAGUUCACAUGUCGCAUUAAUGAAUGGUUGUUUACCACAAACUGAUUCAUUUAUAAAAUUAACAAUAACAUUAAUACGACAACUACCACCAUAUCAAGAAUAUUUGGAUGGAAAAUUUUAUUCAAAUGAUGAAUUUUUAUAUACAUAUUCAUCACAAUUAUUAUCAACAUUGAUAGUUGUACCGGAUAAUCCUGAACUUGGUAUUUUAUAUCUGUUCAAAGGUUUAUAUAAUGUACUAAAAGAAUAUCGUUUCGAAACAAAUUCUAAUUAUAAAUUAUUAAUAUGGAUAAAUAUGUCAAAAUAUUUAGCCACAUGUAGUAAAGAUAAUUAUCCAUAUCAUAUUGAACGUAUUGAUUCGAAUGAUACACUUUAUGCACAGGAUGAAGAAUUUCUAAAAGAAAUUGAAACAUAUUUUGAUAUUAUUUUUCAAGAAUCAUUGGAUAUGUUUAAAAAAUCACAAUAUAAUUUGGAUAUCAAACAGCAAUUGAAUAUUGCAUUGGAUUUUAUCAUUUUGAUUAUAAAUUUUGAUAAUAUACAAAAAAUGAGUCAUGUCAUUAAUCAACUUUGGAAUUGGACAUGUAAAACAUUGACCAAACAUCAAUUCCAUUGUUUUGAUCAAAAAAUGGUAAUUUUUGUAAAGAAAUAUGAUCAAAUUUUUUUUUUUGCUAACAAGAUUUUGUUUGUUUGUUUUUGUCGUAGAAAUCAAUCUACAAUUAUCUUGGAAAAACAUUCGAUUUACAAUUGAAAGCCAAUUGAUCUUUUUGCGGUUUGCUGGUUUA